GGCGCGGUGGCCGCGUCGCCGUCGCCGGGCUCCGUCGCCCGCGCCGCUUCGCUUUCUUGGCACCUGAGACGGCCGCCGGGCGGUCCUGCGGCUUUUCGUCUUGCAGCUGCGGGCCGCGCGUCGCGGCCAUGUCCCGAAAGCAAGCGGCCAAGGGCCGGCCGGGAAGCGGCAGCCGGAAAGCCGAGGCCGAGCGCAAGCGCGACGAGCGGGCGGCGCGCCGGGCCCUGGCCAAAGAGCGGCGGAAUCGGCCGGAGUCCGGCGGCGGCGGCGGCUGCGAGGAGGAGUUCGUCAGCUUCGCCAACCAGCUGCAGGCCCUGGGGCUGAAGCUGCGGGAGGUGCCGGGGGACGGCAAUUGCCUGUUCAGAGCACUUGGUGAUCAGUUGGAGGGACACUCACGAAAUCAUCUCAAGCACCGACAAGAGACAGUGGAUUACAUGAUAAAGCAGCGGGAAGAUUUUGAACCCUUUGUAGAAGAUGACAUUCCUUUUGAGAAACAUGUGGCCAGUUUGGCAAAGCCUGGAACCUUUGCUGGCAAUGAUGCAAUCGUAGCCUUUGCAAGAAAUCAUCAGUUGAAUGUGGUGAUUCAUCAACUUAAUGCCCCUUUGUGGCAGAUUCGUGGCACAGAGAAGAGCAGCGUGAGGGAGUUACACAUCGCAUAUCGGUGCGGAGAGCACUAUGACAGUGUUCGGAGGCUGAAUGACAACUCGGAAGCCCCGGCACACCUCCAGACAGAUUUUCAGAUGCUUCAUCAAGAUGAGUCAAAUAAAAGGGAAAAGGUCAAGACGAAGGGUGUUGACUUUGAGGAUGACCUGAGAGGUGAAGUAGAAGAUGCUGUCCAGAAGGUCUGCAAUGCGACUGGAUGUUCAGAUUUUAAUUUGAUAGUCCAGAACCUGGAAGCCGAAAAUUAUAACAUUGAAUCUGCAAUAAUUGCCAUGCUUCAGAUGAACCAGGGGAAAAGAAAUAAUGCAGAGGAGAACCUUGAGUCCAGUGGCCAAAGUCUGAAGCCGUGUGGCCCUUUAUGGGAGGAGGGCGGCAGUGGCACCAGGCUCUUUGGAAAUCAGAGCUUAAAUGAAGGCAGAACUGACAACAAUAAAGAGCGGGCCAGCCCUAGUGAAGAAAACAAAGCAAAUAAAAACCAGCUCCCAAAGGUCACCAGCAGACAGAGGCGGGAGCAGCAGCGACUGGAGAAGAAGAAGCGACAGGAGGAGAGGCACCGUCACAAGGCCCUGGAGAGCAGGAGCGGCCACAGGGACAGCAGCCGAAGUGAAGCGGAUGCGAACACGCAGGUCACCUUGGUGAAGACCUUUGCCGCUCUCAACAUCUGACUCUCUGGCCUUCUGGGAGCUGCGAGGAGCGGAUGGAAAAGGAGCGCCGCAUAGCAGGCUCUCCAGGGAGGCCGACCUCUCACAAAGUGACGUGCAAGCCCCCAGAGUCACACACAAGCUCGUACACUGAGUUAGUCUCCUUUCAGGCUGCCUCUGUUUUGCUCAGACUUUUGUUAGUGGUGUGUUCUGUCUGAUGAACGUUCAGUGAAGCCAUUCAUGUUCUGCAAUUAAAACAUCGAGUCCUAGGGUUGGACAGUUAGUUCAGGCAAAAACCUUUUAGGUGUGGUUUUAUUUGCCUUGAAAAAUCAGAGUUCAGUGACUCUGGGACUUUCCCUGAGCACUUGGGGUGAGUUUUGCCGUAAUUGUUCACGAAGUAGUUUAGAUUAGUUGCUAGAAAUUCCGAACGACAAGUUUCCUUUGUUUUCCUUUCAUUUUCAAGCAGAUAUUCACAUACGGGAUAGUUUGUAAAUGGUCUUCAACUCAGGAACAUGUUUAGAUUUAAUUUUCUACUAGUCCAAGUUAAUCAGAAAUUAAUUCAGGAAGUAUUUUUCCCAAAGUAAUAGGAUAUGAGGGUUGCGGCCUGUAGUCAGGGUGGAAAUUCAACAGCUACGUUUCUCUCCUUCCUGACUCUCAGGCUGUUUUCAGGUGGGAUGCAGGUGCUCAGUUUGCUUGUGCGCACGCCUUCUCAGAAACACGCCCGAUGCUGAUUAGGCCCGGACUUUGCUGGAAAAGUGGUAGUGGUGUUGAGGUUUUGGUACUUGUUUCUUGACACAGAGAAGGUGGCAUGUUACUGCUUAUGAGGUAAUCCUGAGCUUCUGGUCGUAUGGAGAGCAGAACCCAGGGUUAUAAAGGGAGAAAUGAAGAGAGUCCAGUCUUUGUCUGCAGAGACGCUAAGGAGUUACUUGAUUUUGUGCGGGCAGAGGUCUGGAAGAAUAACUAAAGCUUUUCAGGUUCACCUUUUAAAUAAUUAACUGUUUUCUUCUUCAUUGUUCUAGACUUAGAUACCUUUAGAGAAGUAAUUUUGACCUAAUGCUCAGUUUUCUUAAUGUUGUGAAAAUGGAAUCGCAUAAAAUGCUGCAUUUCUUUCUUUCUGUUCCAGCCCUAUCUGGGAUUUUGAUGUCGGAAAAAUUCUUCCGCAUUCUAGCACUUGUCAGGGACUCAGGUUAGCCCAACAGGGCAGAGGCCAUGGAAUGACUCCACAGUUCUGACAUGGAUUUGAGAGGUGGAGAGGGGUCAUUCCUAAGACAGUAGGUGGGUGUGAACUUUUAACCUAGAACGUAUGGACUGGACAGUCGCGGACAGUCUUGGCCUUUUGGGGACCCCAUAUUUGGGCAGAUAAAUUCUGCUGAAUGAAGGUAAAUUAGUUACUUCUCCACCUCAGAUUUCAAAAUUAUAACUGUUCCAAGGACACGGGAAAACAAUAAAAACCUUUUGACUGAAUGGAUGUACCAUUAUCUGCGCUGGGCCUGGAUUCACUGAAUUGCUUUUAUCAGCAGAUGAUUUGCUUUCUUCAGUUUUAAUGAUGUGUUUUAAUUUUUUGUUUGUUGACUUUGGUGACCUUUUGUAGUUGGAGCACCUGUAGUUUCUUGAAACUGCUCUUAGGCCAUUGCAGUUUGGGCUUCUUCCUGGUACAGGGCUUUGUAAUAGUCGGCAGAUUUGGAAAGUGCCGAGCAUGAUUUCUUUGCACAUUGUGGAGUCCUGAGUCUGAGGCUCUUGUGCUCAGUCCCCGCGGGUGCAGGGGCUCUGAUGCCUUACUGUUUCCAAGGGAGUGAGACCCAGUGCUCACAGAUCGAUCGUGCUCUUGGCUUUUGACUCUGGACACUUUCCUGACUGUGGUUGGUCUUUCCUGAGCGAACACUCUUUCUUGUCCGUCCGGUAGGCCUAGAGGGCAAGAGACCUGAUUCUCUCAGGAAGGUCAAGAUCGUGGUUUUAGAAACUCAGCAGGAUUAGGAAUCUGAAAUAACCAUAAGGGAUACCCCUUGUCAGGAGCAAUAGAAUUGCUUUAUUUUUACCUGGUUAGUGAAGGUGGCCUUGGGCCCUGUUGGGUUUUAGAAGUUUAACUAGAAGCUGCUAAAAAGUUAUUAAAGAAUAUUGGGCACACUUGUUAACAAAUUACCAAAUUCUGAUAAUAGACUUCAGCAUUUCUGGGGUAAAAUAACAGUGGUUUUAAAAACUAAUCUGGCUUCGGGAAUUUUCUCUUACUACCAUUUCAUAGUUUUCCAGUUAAAAUUGGUCUGCGUUUAAAACGUUAGUUAUUAGGAAUGGGGUACACGUAUUCGACUUUAGUGAUCUCUCUCGCUAAGCGUGUGAGUUUAGACUUUACUGCCUCAGUGUCACUGAAGGAUGAGGUAGAUGGGAUCCGUAUACUUAGUUGCCUUGUAGGCAUUUGAAAAUUACUUUAUUGGCAGCCAGCGUGGAGGCCCAGUGUGUUUGGCUCUGGGCUGACUGUUCUUGGAACUCUCAUCCCCAGCCCAGUGACUCACGUGCACCCCACGUUAGGAGGCGCAUGU